AGACAACCUUCCUUGACUCACUAUAUCCAAUUCCACGCCCAUCCUAAAUUAAACACCCCUUUCCCAUCCACCCAUUCCAUGUCCCGCUUCGGAGCCAAAAAAGGCAGAAAGCUGCCCGGCGCAGAAUUCUCCUGGGACAAUGACCCAACCGGCGAAGCAGACACAGCACCCACCCCCCUCUACCCUAAAUACACAGUCCCCACCGCAAAACCCUUAAACGCGCGCGAACAAGCCCAAGUCGAUCUCUACCGUUCCCUCCGCGAACAAUUCCACGAUGGUCCCUAUUACUCCGUGCUUGAUACGGGCGUUUCGGGUUUGAAACGUACGGCCGCUGCUCGGCAGAAUUUCGACCCGUUUCACGGAAUGCCUUCUUACUCAGGGAAGUACCAGAAGAAGAAGAGGGGGAUUCCAAAGUUGAGUGGAAGGCCUUAUGUUAUGAAGUUUUUCCCGCGCGAUGAUCUUUGGGAGGUUAUUCAGCCUAGUUAUAAGCCUGGGACGGCUGUUGAUGGGUAUGUGGCGCGGAUGGUGCGCGGGCCGCUUAAGCGGGGGUUUGAGGAUGAAGAGGAUGAGGAGGAAGAUAUUGGGAAGAGGCGGAAGACGGGGGAUGAGGAGGAGGAAGGCGGUGAGAAUGAAGAUCUGCUGGAGCCUGAGGAUGAGCAGGAGGAGGAAGAGAUUAUUGAUGAUGACUUUGAGGAUGAUGAUGAUGAGAUGGGAGGUGAUUAUAAUGCUGAGCAGUACUUUGAUGGUGGAGAUGAUGAGUAUGGAGAUGAUGGGUUUGGGGAUGGCGGUGGUGGUGGUGGGGACGAGGAUACGUAUUAAGCGGGCUCUCGCUCUUGGUUUUUGAGAUACCCCUUUUUCUCCUUCUGAAUUUGUGUCUUAUUUUAUAAGCGGUGCUUUUAUACGUGUGCAUUUGCAUGGUGGAGCGGGUUUGUAUACUUUUGAGGCCGGGUUUGUUUUGAUACGGAAUGGUUGUAGAUAGGGUUCUUACAGAUAGGGAUAGGGCAUGGCUGGUCUCUUCGUCUAUACCACUGAACGCCAAUAUAUGUUCUAUUCAUGUCGUUACUGUAGCUGUCCGGUCUGCAGGUUUACUUUUUCUCCACGUACCAUGCAGAUGGACAUGGCUACUGUGUCAUUUAAAGACCUGAAGAUGUCAUGUCCGUCGGCAAUAUAGCUUCAUAUAUGUACUGAUACUUUGAUAGCGUUGUUCAUGCUGGGUUUGCUGACUGCUAGUGAAGGACUGUAUUUGAUGCGAAGUACGUUGAAGAAGGUCCCUUUAU